GUUGUUUGGUGGUCAUGUGACUAGUUGUAGUUUAUUUUUCGUCGAUUAGCGACUUCUUUAAUUUGAUUAUGGCUAAGUACUGUUACGACUUCGAUUACUCGACGUUAUCUACGUCCAUAACUCGCAGUGAACUUCCGGCAGAUUUAUCGAUUAAUUUUGAAAAUAGUUCAGUCGAGACUCUGGAAUCUUGUGCAGAGGAGCAGGAUUCGAUGGAUGCUCCUCUCAUCUCUGUACCACGUGACAGACAUUACUUUGUUUUCUCGACGUUUUUUCUUCUAGGAAUAUGCUCCUUAUUACCUUGGAACUUCUUUAUAACUGCCAACGAUUACUGGAUGUAUAAAUUUAGGAAUGUGAGCAGCAACACGAGUUAUGAUCCAAAUCACAAGAAUUUCUUGCAAACUGCCUUCACCAGUUACUUAGCAAUUGCUAAUAAUGUUCCUUUUAUCUUUAUAUUGUUUCUGAAUCCGUUCUUCUGUUACAAGAUACCCGAGAAAAUAAGGAACGGCGGAUCGCUGGUCGGCACCUCCCUCGUCUUUUGCGUGAUUACUGCGUUUAUUAAAAUUCCGACCGAAGCCUGGCAGAGUACGUUCUUCGCCAUUACCAUGUUCUUGGUUUGUUUGAUUAGCGUAAUGAGCGGAGUCUUUCAGGGAGGAGUGGCGGCCCUGGCUGCGAUAUUUCCUGCCAAGUACAUGUACGCCGUCAUGACGGGACAGGCCGUGGCGGGUAUAAUUUCUUCUCUCUCCGAAAUAUUAUCCCUGUUAAAUGACGGUCGUCCCACCGACAGUGCUCUUGGAUAUUUCAUGUGUGCUAUCCUGAUUAUUGUUUGUGCUAAGGCCUGUUAUUUUAUCAUGCACAAAACUGCAUUUUUCCGGUAUCACAUCAUCAAGGUGGAGAGUUUUUCGGAGAAGCCGGGAAUACCGAAACUUGCCACGGUAAAUAUUAAAUUGAUAAUUUCCAUAUUUAAGAAGAUUUGGAUAGAAUGCAUGACUUCCAUGCUGAUAUAUUGGGUGACGCUAAGCAUUUUUCCUGCCAUUUGCGUACUGGUAUUGUCAAAAAAUUAUAAAAGUGGCGAUCCGUGGGACCAGAUUUACUUUUUACCCGUCUGUUGUUUCCUCCUGUUCAACGUUUCGGAUUUUGUAGGAAGAACUAUUUGUAAAUGGAUUUCCGUUUCGUCACGCUGGUUAUUACUGUCGUUAUCCGUUAUACGUAUCGUGUAUAUACCACUAUUUAUGAUGUGUAAUACUCGUCCGAGGUCCGUUCUACCCGCCAUCUUCGGAGACGUCGAAUACAUUGUACUGAUAGUUACUUUGGGAAUCACAAAUGGUGCCAUAUGCACGUUAGCAAUGAUGGUGGGACCAAAAAGGGUUGCAAGCAAUUUUAAAGAGAUUGCCGGCUUUAUUCUAGUUGCAUUUCUUGGAGCUGGACUAACUUUGGGAUCAGUCUUUUCGUACAUAAUAAUAGAAUUGUUUUUCUUGAAAAUUUAGAAGCCAAAGUGUUAAAAAUGUAAAAUUGUUUUAGGAAUACUAGUAUAAAAUAUUGAGAAAACACAUAGCAGAAUUAGAAUUGGUUGAAAAUUAGACAUUUUAUAAAGUCACUGACUCAAAGAAUUUAAAUUCAAGUGAGCUUGACAUGAAAUACAGUUCAUAAUUUUAUUAUGCCCACAUCAUUGGGUUCCAUUACUUGAUGACAAUUACUAAAUGCAAAAUUUUUUUAUUAACAAAUAUUUUUAAAGUAAUUUUUAACAGUAUAAUACACAGAUAACAGAACCAUUAAUAUUGUAGUCCAUAUAUAUCAGAAUACAACUGUAUAUAUUCAUAGUGGCCAGAUUGUGGUUUCGGGCUACAUGCUGCUCUUCUCAACCCUUACUGUAGUUGCUCCUGUAUAUGUAUAGAAUUUCUUUUUAUAAACUUGGUACACAUUACUUAUACAUACAUAAUAUUUUUGUAAGUUUGCUGAUUAUUAUGUAGUGUGAUAUAAAGGCAGAUUGUAAGUGUAACUUGCAAGUUUACCUCAAACAGAAACUGAAGGCUGUGGAUGCAUUUGUUAAACAAAUGUUUACCUACUUGUUCAUGAAGUAACAGUGACAUUUACUUAUAGAACAGUGAUAACUAUAUUUUAACUGUAUAUAAUAUAAAAUACCAUUCUGCAACAAUGAUAUUCUUAUAGUAUAAUCAUUGCAAAACAGAAAAUAUAGACAGGAGAACACUUCUAUUUACAAAUCAAAGCUGUCAAUACUAAUUUCAUACUGUUCAAAUUCUGAUGUACACUUCUUAUCAAUUUUUUUGAUAGAUUCAUCAAUGACAUAUGUGAAAAACUAUUUUAUAAAAUUCCUUAUGAUAUGCAGAAAUAUCAAGAUUUUACAAAAUCAAUUUGUAUCCAUGUAUUUACUUACUAUUGUAUUUUAACUCAAGGAUAUUUUGCUUAAUUUAAAUCUUACAAGAGAGUAAAUUUUACAAAAAAAUAUUCAUUUUAGAUCACUUUUUAUUGUAUAUAUAUUGCCAGAGUACAAAUUUGAGAAAGAAGAAACAGAAGAUACUGUGGUUUGAUCUAAUUAUGAGAAAAUGUGAUAAAUUAGACCAAUAAUUAUCUUACACUUUGAUCUCAAUUGUAAAGAGACCAAUUUCAAAUCCAAUUUAGACAUUUAUAAUUGUAUCAUAAAUUUUUGAAUGAUUCUGUAAAUAAAUUGUUUUUUAAGUUAUUGUUUUUGCAUUUUACCUUGUUAAUGUUGUCAUAAAGUAAAAUUUUAGAUAAAUUCCAUCAAUAAAAACUAGUUUGAUUCAUUUCUCUCCCUUCCUUCAAUUAAUAAUCUAAUUAAUAACCGUCUUAAUUCUAAUUUACAAAUUCUUAGUAUUAAAAACUUUAGAUUUUUGAUGCAACAUUAACAUGCUAUAAACCAUGUAGAAGUAAACAAGUGCUGGCAUAUGCAAGAGAUGAAUUAAUAUUUGUUUUGUGUAUAAUUUAAGUCCACAUCAGAUAUAAACCUGGACCUCCUGUGACUAGUGAUGAUACAGGGUUGAUCCUAUCUUCUAUCUUCAAUUACAUGAUGCUUUUAUAUUUACAUUGCUGAAAAUUGCAACAGUAGAAUA